AUGGAGAGUAUAACAGAAUUUCGUACAACAUUAUCAUCAAGGAGGGGAGGAGAAUUUCGAACAGUUGAUAAGGAUGUACAAUCACAAAUUUCCUAUUUACUGCAUUGUAUAUAUGUAAAACAACGGUGGGAUACAAAUAGAAAAGUCACAUUCAAUCAAAUUCGUCAUUCACUCAAGAAAUGGUAUUAUUCAUUCAUUCCAAAAGAUCUACCUUCACCAUCUUUGAAUCCAUUCAAACAAGAGAUAUACAACUGCAAUGCAUGCACCUAUUCAUCACUAUCGUCUAUUUCACCAUCCUUGCCCUCUAGAUCAGAUGAUCUGAUUAUCAUAGGUGCUGGUCAAAUGAGAACUGGGACAACAAGUUUAAAAGCUGCUCUGGAAAUAUUGUACAAUCAACCAUGUUAUCAUAUGUCUGAUAUUGUUAAACAAUAUAAGGAAGCACAUAUAAAAAAGUGGUUAAAACUAUUCAAUGAUCAAUUGACAAUGACUACUGGCACAACAAUACUUCAGAUCAAUAAAACUGACUGGCAAGAGAUUUAUGGUCAAUGUAAAUUCGCUGUUGACUAUCCAUCGUGUUUAUUCUACCAGGAAUUAUUGAAAACUUAUCCAAACGCCAAGGUGAUUCUAACAAUUCGUGAUGCUGAUUCCUGGGUUUCUAGUUGUCGAGCUACAACUGCUUCAAAUCUUGUUAUGAAAAAGAAUCCUACACUUACAGAACGUUUAAUUUAUCGACUACGUGGGCUUAAAAGUCUACCACAAUUGCAUGAUAAAAUGUUCACUAAAGCUUUUGGUCCACAUUAUGAUCAAAUGACAAAUGCUGAAUUGAAACAAGCCUAUCUUCAAUGGAAUCAAAAUGUUAUCAAAAGUGUACCAAAUGAUCGUUUGCUUAUUUUUAAUCCUAAACAAGGCUGGCAGACAUUAUGUGAAUUUCUCGAAAUCUCAAUUCCUCAAAAUAUAGAUUUCCCUCAUUUAAAUAAAAAAGUUGAUAUGAGAAGAAAUUUGUUAAAGUAUCAACAUUUGGCGCAUAUUAUAAAUUUUACAGUUGCUCUAUUCAUCUUUUUAUUUGUAUGUUAUUUUUUUGCGCACUAA